CGCAGGUGUCAUGCAUGUAUGGAGCGAGACUGACCUUUUGCAUACAGCCAGCGGCUGUUGAAAUGCUAGGCUCUCUCGAACUGCAUUUCGGAGGCUGCGAGCGCGCUUAGUCAAAACUCAAGCUCGUAAGCCUGAUUGCUACAGAUCAGCGCAAAGCCGGCCCGAAUAGCUGCAGCAUUGUUCCUCUCGCGACUCAGAUCUCGACGAAUCCUCGACGCGGAAGAUGAGGCCUAAUCACGAGGCUGAUAGACUGCCUGGGCCAUCGUCGCUCCCUAGCAGGAUAGGUGGACCCAGUCGAGCACCUCCACCCGGAUAUCUGCUGCCUUCGCCCCUCGAGUCCAUCACAAAUCUCCUGCCUUCAUUUGGUUCUCCGAAAUCGUCUUCAGCUUCAUCAACACCAACUAAUUCAUCUAGCUGGCCCUUCGCAUCCGGAUCAAAGGAUCCCAGCAAACCCUCCAAGAUCGAUGAGCUGCUACAGAAUCCAGCCGCGGUCGGCUUGCUCUCCGCGGUCGCCGCCCUAGGCAUUGCUGGUGGAGGAUGGUACGGUUACCGCGUACUUUGGAAGCGGGUGAGGAACGUCAACGAUGUGACAGGUCCAAUGCUUGAGAAGCAGAGGUGGAUCAAGGGAGUGGUGACCAGUGUAGGGGAUGGUGACAACUUUCGAGUCUUCCACACACCUGGUCCGUUUUACCGGUGGCCAUUCAAGCUGCGCUCAGUCCCGUCGACUUCGAAAGAGCUCAAAGACCAGACCUUGCACAUACGAAUCGCGGCAGUGGACGCACCAGAAAACGCGCACUUCGGCAACCCUGCUCAACCGUACGCCAAAGAGUCAUGGGACUGGAUGAAACAGCUUGUAACGGGCAAGCGGGUCCGUGUUCAGCUCAUACGCAAAGACCAAUAUCUCCGCAUUGUCGGUGUACCAUACCUGUCGAGAUUCAUUCUCCCCGACAAGCCCAUCCCGCUGUUGAUGCUAAAAGAAGGCAUGGGAGUGGUCUACGAGUCCGCAGGAGCGGAGUAUGGUCCAUGGUCAGUGGAUUAUCUGAAGCAGUUGGAAGCGGAGGCGAGACGUGCAAAGAAAGGCAUGUGGGGCCUCAAGGGCAAGUUUGAACAUCCUGCAGACUAUAAGAAGAGGAUGAAGAUAGGUGGGGAUGAGCCCGUCGUGACAGCAUCGCCUAGAACGAGGAGAAAGAAGAAUGCCAGCUGGCUCGGACGCUUGUUGUUCUGGAAGUGAUCUGUCAGUGUUAUCAAGUCACGACCUUUGUGAUGAUCUAAUGAGGCUUCGGUCAAGCCGAUGUAUGCAUCGUCCCCCUCAAACCCAUGAGCCUUGCUGUGAGGUAGUGUUCAUUCAGCACCUUUGCCAUGUCCGCUUCUCCGGCAUUGACGACAU